UUGAAAGUUUGGAAGUUGGUUACUUCUACUGUAUUAUCAUCAAUUUGACCAAUUGCCCACUUUACCAUUUGGAAAUAGCUAAGCUGUAGAGACGAGAAGAAAUUGGACAGUAGCAAUGCCUUUCUCAGACAACGCGAAGAUAUUGGAAACAAGUAAAGGUCUCGUAGAUGCAUUGAGAGCUGGUGCAGGCAAACAUCCCGGAUUCAGACCUGCCCACGCUAAAGGCCACCUCCUAACCGGGACCUUCGCUCCCUCCCCCUCAGCCUCUGCCCUCACAUCCGCUCCCCACUUCAACGCACCUUCAACCCCCAUCACAGUCCGCUUCUCCUCCUCCACCGGUAUCCCCUCAAUCUCUGACACCGACCCCAACGCCAACCCCCGGGGCAUUGCCAUCCGUUUCAAUCUCCCCUCCACGGACGGCAAACGACACCACACCGACAUCAUCGCCCAUUCCACAAAAUACUUCCCGACGCGCACAGGUGCCGAAUUCCUCGAAUUCCUUACAGCUGCCGGUAGUGGAAAUCCCGAAGCCGUACCCGAGUUUUUAGGUCGACAUCCAGAGACAGUACGGUUUUUGCAGGACCCGAAACCUAGUCCCGUCAGCUUCGCCACAGAGACGUUCUUCGGCGUGAAUGCAUUUAAGUUUGUGAAAGACGGGAAGACGACGUUUUUGCGCUACCGCGUCGUGCCUGUUGCUGGGUUGCAGACGCUGUCUGCGGAAGAAACGGCCGCGCAGUCACCGAAUUACCUUUUUGACGAGCUGCCGAAGCGUGUUGAGGCUGGGCAGGUUGAGUUUAAGCUUGUUGCGCAGAUUGCGGAGGAGGGGGAUGUUACGGAUAAUGCGACGGUGUUAUGGCCCGAGGAGAGGAAAAUUGUAGAGCUUGGGACGGUGACGAUUGAGAAGGUGGUCCCGGAUGAGGAGAGCUUGAAGGAGCAGAAGCACGCGAUUUUUGAUCCGAUUCCAAGGGUAGAGGGAAUUGAGGAGAGUGAUGAUCCAUUGUUGGAGGUCAGGGCUAAUGUGUAUCUUGUCAGUGGACGGCAGAGGAGGGGGGCGUAGAAAGAUGGCUCGGAGGAAGAGCGGAUUGCGAAAGAAAGAUUUUGCAUUUGUAGGGAAAAGAAUGGGUUCU